AACCUGACCAAGUUGUCCUCUCAGUACCUUCUCCUUUGUAUACUCUCAUCCUUUACCCGCAAUGUCUAAUACCAUCAUCAACACUGCUCGCUCGAUACUUGUGGAAUCGGCUUCGCUGGGCUCUGAAGCCAUCAUGUCAGGGGCUUGGGCCUAUCCUUUCCUUGGUAUCAGCUAUGUCGCGUCGCAUCCGCAGCUAUACAAGUCGGUCGUACCGAUCGUCACCAAAGCUGCACUGGCAUCACUAGGGAUCACGGCUGGAAUGUUCUUCUUUACCUGGGUACCCCAAGUGGCAAUUUGUGCUGUAUUCUCCGGACCCUUCGCACCUAUACCUGCAACGAUUAUGGUUCUCUUUGAGUCUUACCUGCUAGUGUCAUUCGUGACCAAGUCGUUCUUCCUAUCCGCUGGACAGGAUAGACUAUUUGACGCUGUCUUGCUGCAACAGGGCAAUGAAAAACUUGUGGCAAAUGGCCGAGAGAUACGGACGACGUCGAGUGGCAUGAAGAUCAUGGGGAAACCUCUUUCUUUCACCAAACGAUUCUCGUCCGAUGGAAUCAUUCGUUACCUGGUUUCAUUGCCUCUCAAUUCCAUUCCUGUUCUCGGUACAGGACUGUUCUUGGUAUACAAUGGAAGUAAAACGGGACCCGCCUUCCAUGCACGAUACUUCCAGCUAAAGAAGUACGGUUCCCAACAGGCCCACGAAUUUAUCGAGAAGCGGAAAGGGGCUUACACCGCUUUCGGAAUGUCUGCUCUUUUACUCAACCUCAUCCCUAUCGCAGGUUUUGCGUUCAACCUGACCUCGGCGGUAGGGGCCGCUUUGUGGGCUAGCAGAUUGGAGAAGCUUCACGUGGAUGUCAAUGACAAGACUGAUUACCGCCUGGAGAAACAGGCAUCUAAUAGCCAACCUGAUAUUCCAGUCCAGCUCAACUGAAGAAGUUCUUAGUACAAAUGUAGUUUCUCCUAAAUAAAGUGUUUGUGAAAGUGAU